UUCAACAGGCAGUAGAGGGCACAUCUCGGGGAGAAGUGAAAUAACGUAGUUGAGUUUACGCUGAAUAAAAGAGGGCACAGUCAAAAAGAAACAUAAAGAAAACCCGUUGCACUUGUUCCAGGACCGAAAGUGGAGCAGUCGGUGCGGCCAUGCUGAGUUUCCUGUUGCUGAAGUCGGUUCCAGUCGCACUGUGAGCGCUUUGGAUCUGGUGACAGCCUCGACACAGAAACCACAAGAGACGACACAGACAUGGAGAAUGGGAAGAGCCGCCUGCAGCAGGUCCAGGAGGACGCGGAGGAGGUGACGGGCAUCAUGCUGGUAAACAUGAACAAGGCCAAUGAGAGAACUGGCAAACUGGGCGAACUGGAGGAUAGGGCUGAUGUGCUGCUGGCAAAAAGUAAAGCUUUUGAAAAGACCGCCAACCAGGUGAAGCAAAAGAAGAGAUGGGAGAACAAGAAGAUGAAAUUGGUGUUUAUUGGCUUUGGAGUGAUAGUGGCGCUCAUCGUUCUCGGACUUAUAAUCUACGCCAUUGUUGAUAGCCAACGAGCACAGUAGCUCCUCUGCUGGUGAGGAGCGGGAAGUGGACACAAUUAAAAGAGGAACGCAAACUAGUGGGACUUUCGCAUCUUGCCUGAACUUCUCAAUCUGUGUUAUUUUUGUGUUUUAAAGAUAUUGAUGAGAGUAUCUGUUCCACAUUUCAUUAGUCUUCAGUUGAUAUGGUACCAAUAAUGUCUCGGCUGCUUUGCUGCUUUUUUAACUCACUUUUCAAAUGUAAUGUCUCUGUAAGGCCCUCAAUGGGGGAACACACAGAUCUUAGAUCUUCAAAUUGGAUAUAUUUAAGAAGUUCUCCUCCCCUCCCAUGAAUUACUCAUAUUUUUAACCAAACAUUAUCAGGCUGCUACUUUUGUAUUUGUAUGUUUGUCCCCUUUAAGAGCACAACUCAGAGGAACAGAAAAGUGCCAUCAGAGGUCGCUGAACUGAAGACAGAAUCCUCUUCACCAACGAUUCAGUCGGUAAUUAGAGUCAAAGAAGACAGAGGAUGUUUUCUUAAUUUGUUGAAUAUAAGCAGUUUCCAAUAGCUUCAACUUGGAAAGAAUAAACUGGUGUAUUGUCCAUGAAAUGAAAGGCUGUCUGUAUUAUUAAAAUGUUUUUAAAGGCA